AUGGCCAGUCGCCGGCAGGCAACCGGCUUUGGCGGCCUACCUGAUGUCACCGAGCACUCCAAUGCGCACCGCACACCCUCACGCCAGAACUCAAUUUCAAACAGUGAUUCCGGUGGCGAAAUUGCCAGCAUUGAAAAGUCAAAAGUGAACUUUGGCGACGGCCGACCGCUACCAACCGCCCACCCUGCCAACAUAAAGCGUAAAACGAAGGCAACCCACCAAGCAGCUAGUGACAGCUGUGCCAGGGUGCACCGCUUAAAACCGCGACGUGGCUCCUGCACCAUAUUCUUGACUCUCGUAGCCGCGCUUUGCCUGUUUACCAUUGCCGCCAUGCUCGCAUACCAACACUUUGUGGCGCCAAGCCGCAAUUCGCAUGCUCAAAGACUGAAAAUCGUACAACGGAUACUGAAAGAAGUGCCGCUAGUGGAUGGCCACAAUAACUUUGCGUGGAAUGUCCGGAAGUACGCGCACAACAGUCUGGAGUUGGUGCACAUGAGACGCGAUCCCAGUGCGGAGGCUCUAUGGACCAGGCCGUCGUGGGCGCAAACAGACAUUGAGCGGCUGAAGCAAGGACUAGUUGGCGUGCAAAUGUGGUCAGCGUAUGUGCCUUGUGAGGCUUUGGGCCUAGACGCAGUCCAAGUGGCUAUAGAACAAAUAGAUAUUAUACGUCGAUUAACAGAUAUGUUCACCGGGGAUACGAUAUUAGUAAGCUCAUCGAAAGAUAUUUUCACAGCACGACAGCACGGCCAGAUGGCUUCACUAAUUGGCAUUAAAGGUGGCCACGCAAUCGGCUCCUCAUUGGCCGUUUUACGGUCGUUCUAUUCGGUGGGCGCUCGUUCACUCAGCCUAACGCAUAAAUGUGACCUCUCAUGGGCGGGCUCUAGUGCAUCAGAAUCGGAGAGCGGACUCUCUGCGUUUGGUAAGGCUGUUAUUCGUGAAAUGAACCGACUGGGAAUGAUGGUCGAUUUGUCCUAUAGCUCCGAUGCCACAGCUCGCGACGUUCUACAAGUUACUCGGGCUCCAGUUAUAUUCUCUCAUUCUGCCGCAAGACAACUUUGCAAUUCCACACGCAAUGUACCCGACGAUAUUCUUCGAUUGGUAGCAGACAAUGGCGGACUCAUCAUGGUUAGCUUCGAUCCAGAAGAUGUGGCUUGUGGUCAGCAGGCAUAUCUGGGUGAUGUAGUUGAGCACAUAAAACACAUCAGAGCCAUCGCUGGAGUGCAACAUAUCGGACUGGGCGCUGGUUAUGACGGCAUUGAGGUGCCACCCGUCGGUCUUGAAGACGUUUCCAAAUAUCCAGAUUUGCUGGCGACAUUACUUCAAGAUCACAACUGGAGUGAACAAGACAUAGCAAUGCUGGCCGGCAAAAACUUUCUACGCAUCCUGGAGACCGUAGAAAAUGUACGCGAUUAUUGGAAGCGUGCCGACAUUCACCCACUCGAACAGACUGAACCACAACCGAAACCACAGUGCACAUACAUGUCGUCGUGACCACAGCUGCAGCCGAUGCGCAGCAGUUAUGCUGCCGCACAAGAAUUAGACCUGAGACAAUGCAAUAGCAUGCUGCCAACAUUGACUGACAACGGCAGCCUCAAAUAUUAUAUCUGCAUGAUUGCACUCUUGGGGUGGUUCGGAGCAAAUAAUCAAAGUAUACGCACACUGAUGGAUGCAGUGAGCUUAAAUGUAAUAAAAUUAGUGUUUUAGGCAAUUCAUUUCAUUUAGAUUACUUCGCGUGUAUGUAUGUAAGUCUAAUGAAAUUUCUAGUUUUAUUUGUUUAGGUUAUUCAUAUGUAAAUGUAUGUAUGUAAUCUAUAAAAACUUGCACAUUCGCAUUGUUUGACAAUGUUCAAGCACAUACACUACAUACAUAUGUAUGUACAUAUGUAUUUGAUUUAAGCAAAAACUUUGUUGUGAAAAUGAAGUCUGUUAAGGAACUGCUCAAUAACUACAUACAACUUUACUUGUUUAAGCGAAAAUAUUGAAAUACAUAUGUAUGUAUGUAAAACCACUUUACAUAUAUAAAUUUAGAGAUUGCGGAGUCAGAAAAUUAAGUGGUGCACAAACAAAAAAUUAUAAUCAUAUCCGUUCAAAUUAUUUCAAUAGAGCCUUGUUUCAGAACAUUUGAGAGUGCACAAAUACGUAUGCAUACAUACAUACAUACAUACAAACACAAACAUGUAUCUAUUAGUAUGUAUGCUAUAAUGUACCUUUGUAGGCAGACAAAAUAUACAUAUACAUAGAAUUAUAGGCAAUUUCAACCAUAGAUGCACACAAGCAUUAAAAUAAAAAAAAAAGUGUUUAUAGUUAAA